AAGCCUGAAACGCCAGGGGCAGAGCACAGAGCAGUGAGAGGAAGGUGGGGCUGACGGGCAGGGCCUCAGGUCCGCGUGAUAACCUGGGAGGAGAGGUCGAACGCCAGGGGCUGGGCUGGACUCUGAGGCUCGAGGCGAGACUGGAUGACAGGGGCGUGACCGAGAAGCCCCAGGGCGGGGCCAGCUGUGUCCUGCCAGGCAGCACCCCGCGCGGCGCGGUGGCAGCUCCACUCUGGCUCAAGCGGAGGGGAUCGGCGGGAAGCUCCUUCACCCCCUACUUCUGCCGGGCUGUAGCUGCAGUGGGAGAGCAGGACUUUUCCAGUUCCGUCCCCGUCUCUUCAGCCCAAACGCCGCCAUGUGUGAUACGGGGAGGCCUGGUUUAUCCUGUGAUCCUGGAAACUUUCCUGACUCUCUCAAGAGCAGGUUGAGAUGAGCUCGGUCAGAUGGCCGCACGGCCCGCUCCUUUCUUAGCAGACCACUAAUGCUCCAGAACCCUCAGGAGAAGAGCCAGGCCUACCCCCGCCACCGCCGGCCUGGCGGCUACGCAGACCGUCAGAAUUCGGAGGCCGUCGCAGCCGCAGCUAUGUACACCUUCCUGCCCGACAACUUCUCGCCUGCCAAGCCCAAGCCUUCCAAAGAGCUGAAGCCGCUAUUGGGCUCCGCUGUCCUGGGGCUGCUGCUGGUGCUGGCCGCCGUGGUGGCCUGGUGUUACUACAGCGUCUCCCUAUGCAAGGCGGAGCGACUUCGCGCCGAGCUGCUGGACCUCAACGCUGGCGGCUUCUCCAUCCGCAACCAGAAGGGAGAGCAGGUCUUCCGCCUGGCCUUCCGCUCCGGUGCGCUGGACCUCGAUUCCUGCAGCCGCGAUGGCGCCCUGCUGGGCUGCUCGCUCACGGCCGACGGGCGGCCUCUGAACUUCUUCAUCCAGACUGUGCGGCCCAAGGACACUGUCAUGUGUUACCGCGUGCGGUGGGAGGAGGCGGUGCAGGGCAGGGCGGUCGAACACGCCAUGUUCCUGGGCGACGCGGCGGCGCACUGGUAUGGUGGCGCCGAGAUGAGGACGCAACACUGGCCCAUCCGCCUGGAAGGCCAGCAGGAGCCCCAGCCCUUCGUCACCAGCGAUGUCUACUCCUCCGACGCCGCGUUUGGGGGCAUCCUUGAGCGCUACUGGCUAUCUUCGCGCGCAGCCGCCAUCAAAGUCAACGACUCAGUGCCCUUCCACCUGGGCUGGAACGGCACGGAGAGUUCGCUGCGGCUGCAGGCACGCUACCACGACACGCCCUACAAGCCGGCCGCCGGCCUCGCCGCAGCGCCGGAGCUGAGUUACCGAGUGUGCGUGGGCUCGGACGUCACCUCCAUCCACAAGUACAUGGUGCGCCGCUACUUCAACAAGCCUUCGAGGGUGCCAGCGCCCGAGGCCUUCCGAGACCCCAUUUGGUCCACGUGGGCGCUGUAUGGGCGCGCCGUGGACCAGGAGAAGGUGCUGCAUUUUGCACAACAAAUUCGCCAGCACCGCUUCAACAGCAGCCACCUAGAAAUCGACGACAUGUACACACCCGCUUAUGGCGACUUCGACUUUGAUGAGGUCAAAUUCCCCAAUGCCAGCAACAUGUUCCGCCGCCUGCGCGACGCCGGCUUCCGCGUCACGCUCUGGGUGCACCCGUUUGUCAACUACAACUCGUCGCGCUUUGGCGAGGGUGUGGAGCGCGAGCUGUUCGUGCGCGAACCCACAGGCCGGCUGCCCGCGCUGGUGCGCUGGUGGAAUGGCAUCGGCGCAGUGCUGGAUUUCACGAACCCGAAAGCCCGCGACUGGUUCCAGGGACACCUGCGGCGGCUGCGCUCUCGCUACUCCGUGGUUUCCUUCAAGUUCGACGCGGGCGAGGUCAGCUACCUGCCGCGGGACUUCAGCACCUACCGGCAGCUGCCGGACCCCAGCGUCUGGAGCCGGCGCUACACUGAGAUGGCGCUGCCCUUCUUCUCGUUGGCGGAGGUGCGCGUAGGCUACCAGUCACAGAACAUCUCCUGCUUCUUCCGCCUGGUGGAUCGCGACUCGGUGUGGGGCUAUGACCUGGGGCUGCGAUCGCUCAUCCCGGCGGUGCUCACCGUCAGCAUGCUGGGCUACCCAUUCAUCCUACCCGAUAUGGUGGGCGGCAACGCCGUGCCCGAGCGCACAGCCGGCGGCAACGUGCCCGAGCGCGAGCUCUACAUUCGCUGGCUGGAAGUGGCAGCCUUCAUGCCCGCCAUGCAGUUCUCUAUCCCUCCCUGGCGCUACGACGCGGAAGUGGUGGCCAUCGCGCAGAAGUUCGCAGCCCUACGGGCCUCGCUUGUGGCGCCGCUGCUGCUUGAGCUGGCGGGCGAGGUCACUGACACGGGUGACCCCAUCGUCCGCCCCCUUUGGUGGAUCGCGCCCGGUGACGAGACAGCUCAUCGCAUCGACUCGCAGUUCCUUAUUGGGGACACGCUGCUUGUGGCGCCGGUGCUGGAGCCCGGCAAGCAGGAGCGCGAUGUCUAUUUGCCCGCAGGCAAGUGGCGCAGCUACAAGGGCGAGCUUUUUGACAAGACGCCGGUGCUUCUCACCGAUUACCCGGUCGACCUGGACGAGGUCGCCUACUUUACCUGGGCGUCCUGACCCAGACCAGGGCCCGGGAACCACACAGCCCCCAGCCUUCCUGCAGACCUCGAACCCUCCCUCACACCUGCACCGUGAACUCCCAGGAACCUCCACCUCUAUACCACCCAUUAAGUGGCUGCCGACCUAAAUGUGAUGGAACCAGCUGCUGAAGUGUGAAAAAUGCCUGAUGAAAGCUUUGGGGCCCCUCACAGAUGCACAAUUCAAGUGCCGAUUCUAUGACUCAUCUAUCAGCUCUGUUAACUUGAACAAGCUGCUUAACCUUGCUGAGCCUCUGUUUUCUCAUAUGUACAAUGGUGAUAAUAAUGCCUACCUCCCCAGGUUGUUGUAAGAAUUAUAAGC